UUUUGACCAACGCAAGUAGAGUAAACAAUAGCAAGUCCAAAACCUUCAUAGCUAUAUUAUCAUCCUCGUUUCAUAGCCUAUAAAAAUUCUUCUCGAUUUCGUUGAGCUACCCCGCGCUUAACAAAAUCACCUCUCUCUCUCUCUAUAUAUAUAUAUUUAUACUAUUCAACGCAUAGCCAUCCAAGUAUUUUUUUUCUCUGUGCAUCCUUGUCUAGAGUAAAGUAUCGUAGCGUUCAAGAUGAGUUACAACAACGAUCCGUACGUAGAUGAGGAAGGAGAGGCAUUAGUGGACUUUGAUGAGGAUGUCCGAUCAGAUAACGAACAGGAACAAUUCCUUGGUGACAAUCUGGACGAUGACGAUGCAUGGGAUCAGAGACAGCGAGAACGGUCUCCGACCCCGGUAUAUGAUGAUCCUAGCAAGUCUAAGCCCAGGAAGCGGUUGAUUAAGAAAUCCUCUUCGGCUAGAGAGAGCACGCCGGAUAUUGGGAUAGGAGAUGAGGAUGCUUACGGUGAUGACAUGGCAGGCCUUGUCCGUGAUGAGUCGGAUGGUGGUGGUCCUUCAUCUUCCUCUGGGAAGAGGAAGAGGUUUAGUGAUGACAAGGGGAAGGAGAAGAAGAGGGGAGAGAAAGGACAGAAGAAGUUUAAGUUGAGGAAUAAUGGGGGUUACUCUGGAGGAAGCAGGUUGAAGGACCAAGAUGGCGAGCAGGAGAUGAAGGAGAUGUGGGAUACCAUUGCUGGUGGUGACUCUGAGGAUGACCAAGAAGGUCCAAAGACACUGGAUGAUGAUAACUUCAUUGAUGAUACUGGUGUGGAUCCAGCUGACAGGUAUGGAAGCGACACUGAACAACUGUCUCCCAGCAGGCAUGCAGAGGCUGAAGAAGGGGAAGAGGAAGACGAAAUCAAGAAGCUCUUCAAGGGAGGCAAGAAGAAAAAGAAAACUGAAAAGAGUGCAGCAGAAAUUGCACUGCUAGUAGAGAAUGUUAUGGCUGAGCUGGAAGUUGUUGCAGAAGAGGAUGCAGAACUGAAUAGACAGUCCAAACCUGCAAUAAAUAAACUAAAAAAACUUCCUCUUCUCAUAGAUGUCCUGUCCAAGAAACAACUUCAGCAAGAAUUUUUAGAUCAUGGAGUGUUGACUCUUUUGAAGAAUUGGCUUGAACCCCUUCCAGAUGGAAGCCUGCCCAAUAUAAACAUUCGUGCUGCAAUCCUAAAGAUCCUUAGUGAUUAUCCAAUUGAUCUUGAGCAGCAUGAUAGAAAAGAGCAGUUGAAAAAGAGUGGUCUCGGAAAGGUUAUUAUGUUUCUCUCGAAGUCAGACGAGGAGACUACAUCUAACAGGAAACUUGCUAAGGAUUUGGUUGACAAAUGGAGUCGACCAAUAUUCAACAAGAGUACAAGGUUUGAAGACAUGAGAAACUAUGAAGAUGAGAGAGCUGCUCAAUACAGGCGGCCUUCCUUGAAAAAACCCAUGAAUAAAGCAUCUGGAAUGGACUCCAGAGACGAUGACCUUGACUUGGCUGGAUAUUCACAGGGCCAAAAGUCUGGUCAGUCAUCUGGCAGGCAACUUACAUCACGGCCUGAAGCAAUGUCAAUGGAUUUUGUGGUGCGUCCGCAGUCUAAGGUUGAUCCUGAAGAAGUUAGGGCCAGGGCUAGAGCAAUGGUUCAGGACCAGCGCCGAAUGAAGAUGAAUAAGAAACUGCAGCAGUUAAAAGCUCCAAAAAAGAAGAAACUCCAAGCUACAAAACUCAGUGUGGAGGGUCGUGGCAUGGUGAAGUACCUCUAGGUUCUAGAUAUUGUGCUUGCCCUUCUUAUUAGGGUAGGAAGCCUGUCGGCUCAGCUACACAACAGUUUCAUGCACUGGAAGAUGGGUGUUCUUCUGAGCUUAGCAUCCGGACAGUGGCUAAUCGCAGUGCCUUGUGAAUGUGGGACAUGGCCAUGUCAUUUUUGAAACUAGUUUGAGGGGUUCUAGUACGUUAUGCUGAUGAUUGGUUGCCAUGACUAGAGGUGCUGUGUCUUAUUUACUUUUGUUAUUCCUUCCUUGGCAGUUCCCUGAGGAUGUCAUCUUCCAUGUAAUAUGUUGGUGUGUCAGCUAGAAACCAAAUAAAGAAUGGUAAGGUAGCUGAUACCCAUUAAUUUCGUUUCCCAGUUUACAAUAAGUUUUCAAGUCAUUGGUGUAAUGGAAGUCAUGGCUGUUGCUAUAGGUGAUGCAGCUUGGAGUAUGUUAUUGCCGUUUUGGAAUGUAUUAUGCUGUUUUCCUCAA